GUACCGGUUUGGGAACGAAGGAAGUUAGUCCCUUGUGGGGAUCCGUCCUACCAGGCAGUUUGUCUGCAGCAACAUGGCGGCGGUCUCAAUGUCAGUGGCGCUGAGGCAAGCGUUGUUGGGGAGAAGGGCAGUGGCUACAGCUGCCAUUUCCAUUUCCAGGGUUCCUACCAGGUUGUUGAGCACAUCCACAUGGAGGUUGGCAUGGGACCAAAUUCGAGACAGGCAACUUAUAACAGUUGAUGAAAAAUUGGAUAUCACUACAUUAACUGGUGUUCCGGAAGAGCAUAUCAAAACUAGAAAAGUCAGGAUCUUUGUUCCUGCUCGCAAUAACAUGCAAUCUGGUGUAAACAACACAAAGAAAUGGAAAAUGGAGUUUGAUACCAGGGAGCGAUGGGAAAAUCCUUUGAUGGGUUGGGCAUCAACUGGUGAUCCCUUGUCCAAUACGGUUCUAACCUUCAGUACCAAAGAAGAUGCGGUUGCCUUUGCAGAAAAAAAUGGAUGGGGAGGAGAGGAAGCUGUGUCAUGGAGAGAGGAGUUGGAAGACAGCUGUGGAAAAUGUGGAUGGAUGGAGCUAUGACAUUGAGGAGAGGAGAGUUCCAAAACCUAAGUCCAAGUCUUAUGGUGCAAACUUUUCUUGGAACAAAAGAACAAGAGUAUCCACAAAAUAGGUUGGCAUUGGCUAUGUCUCUGUGUUGACUGUGAAUAAAGUCAUCUUUGCAGUAUUUAUAGUCUAUGUAUGCAUGUCUGUCUAAUAAAUUUGACUUUUAAACCUCA